UUCUCGUUACUCUUCAACCGACAAUGGAUGUAAGGAAUGGAGCAACUGAAGCAAUUCCAGAAUUCCCAACAGUUCAGCCAUGAUUACUGGUCCAGAUGAGAUCCAAAUGAAACCCUAGUCCGUUCACCAAAAUAAGAAAAGGAGAUGAGGUUUAUCGUAUCAAGAAGGAGACGACUGUCGAUCCACGGCUUCCUAAUCUCGUGUGCGUUGUUCACCGGAGCUGGACUGUUGAUCCUCACUUCCAGAUCCGUCGAUCCAUCAGCCGGUGAGAGAUUCCCGGUUACGACGACGUUUCGAGAAGGAAAUGCGAUUCUCAAGGCGAAGACCGAGGCUUCUGGAAACAAAGGGUGCGCCACGGUGGAAGAAAUGGGGGAAGUUUUCAGCGGAGGGUUUCGGGAGGGAAAUGUCGACGUGAGAAGAAUCAUUCAAUAUCACUUUGCUCUGAAUGGUGCAUCUAGAGUCCGAGGACUUCCUCCAGAGCAGUUUUGCAAACAUGGUUUUGUGAUAGGGAAAGCGUCAGAAGCUGGUUUCGGGAAUGAAAUGUAUAAGAUCUUAACGGCUGCAACACUGAGUAUAAUGUUGAAUCGAUCGCUGAUCAUUGGGCAAACCAGGGGCAAAUAUCCUUUUGGGGAUUACAUUUCUUACAGCAAUGUUUCCUUUACCUUGAAAGAAGUCAAGCAUCUCUGGAGACAUAAUGGGUGUUUGACUACAUAUGGAAGGCAUCUUGUAAUGAAAAUUGAUGAUUUCCAAAAGCCAGCCCAGACGAGUGUUCUUUGCUGCAACUGGAGGGAGUGGGAGCAACCUAUCAUAUGGUUCCAAAACACGACAGAUGCUGUGGCUGCUCAGUUUUUCUUGAAGAAUGUAUUCACUGAGAUGAGGAAUGCUGCUUCCGAUCUAUUUGGGAGGCCAGAAGAUCUUCAGUACAGGCCUAACGUUUUUGGGGAGCUGAUGAGAGUACUCAUGUCUCCCUCAGAUAAUGUUAGAGAGGCCAUGCGUUGGGUUCUUGGUGAUGGGGUGGAUCCUGAUAUUUCACUACACAUGCGGAUGCUUAGUAAUAGGUCUCUGAGAGCAGCACAGGCAGCACUGAAUUGCAUCAGAAAAGCUAUAGACAAUCUGCAACUGAAAUCCAGACCCAAGGUUGUUUUGGUUUCAGAUACCCCCUCUCUGAUAACCGAUGUUGCAUCAAAUAUAAGUGAAUUUGCUGAGGUUGUUCAUUUUGAUUAUGAACUAUUCAAAGGAAAUAUUUCUGGCAAGAGUGGAGCAGGUCUAGACUUUAGACACACGGAUUGGGGCCCAGCACCUAGAUGGGUUGCAUUUGUGGACUUCUUUCUUGCAGCACAUGCAAAACACGCUGUUGUUUCUGGGGCUCACAGGCGCGUUGGAACAACCUUUGCUCAACUAAUUGCAGCACUUGCCGCGGCUCACCAACCUGUUGGAAAUUCUUCUACUGGUGCAAGUUUGUGGUUCUUCAGCAGCUUCCAGACUAAUUUGCUUUCGGAAGGUUUGGGGAAUCAGGUUGGCUGGGGACAUGCAUGGAACAGAUUUGCCGGUCCCUUGAGUUGCCACAACCAGUCUACCCAAUGUGCUCUCACGCCACUUCUUCCUCCCGCGUGGUGGGACGGGCUCUGGCAAUCCCCCACUCCACGGGAUGUCCAAAGGAUGAAAGCAUAUGGAAUUCAACUAUCUGGUUUUGGUACAUUUGACGAGAGUCGCCUUCAAUCUUUCUGUAAUUCAAGGAAGAAUGUUCUGAGAACUGUUCAACUAAUAUAGGAGUUGGAAAUUAGCCUUUGUUUCAUGCAAUGCAAGGGGUUAAUUUCAUGUUGCCAGUAAGAUGUACUUCUGUGCCCCACUCAUUUGUAUCUCAACAGGAGAAUAUAGCCUUUUGCCAUACUAACAUGUUUGGCAGGCUCUCAAUUAUUUUCUUAUUUACUUAUGUUAU